ACGUUUCGUGCGAAUCUUCUUUAUCUAUCUUCCUCAUAUUUACAGUAGCCGAUAUUCUCUUCACUAUCUCUCAACUCGUGAUUCUCUCCGCGGAUUUAACUAGCAGCGACAUGUAAACGGCAUUUAACCGCACGGUUGUAAACUUAGCUCUAGCUUUCGCUCGUCGAUAUCACAGGUCGAAAUAUUUGAACACGUUCACUUUUAGGUUAGGAAUAAACUCUCUCGAGAUUAAUAAACUGUCUGUAAACUUUCCGGAUUUGUAUUCACACAAGGAUAUUUUUGGCUCACAAUUUUUCAAUAGAUAUCAAGUCAUCCAGAAAUUUGUGAAUUUGUAAAAUUGAAGGUUGAAUUUGGCGAAUAUAAACUAAAGUGACUUGGUGCUAAACAAGGUGCUCAUGGUUCCGUUAAAAGUUGUCUAAACACUUUUUUAAUUCAUUAAGCAACGCUCCGUAACUGAAUUUAAAAAAUGGGAAAGAAUAAGAAAACACGUAAGGUUGUGAUGCAAAGAUUUGCACAAAUGAAAAAGAUGAUCAGCCCCAGCGACUCCAGGAUAAAACUAGAACAGCGAGCACCGCCACGAAAAAAGAAGCCUGAAGAUCCGACAGAGAUGAAAAUCAAAGAAGCCCCCCAACAAUCCUCAGCAUUGUUCUUCCAAUAUAAUACGCAACUUGGUCCACCGUAUCACAUUUUAAUCGAUACGAACUUCAUCAACUUUUCCAUCAAAAAUAAACUUGAUAUAGUGCAAAAUAUGAUGGACUGCCUAUAUGCAAAAUGUAUACCGUACAUAACAGACUGUGUUUUGGCAGAGUUGGAAAAACUUGGAGCAAAGUACAAAAUAGCAUUAAAAAUAAUCAAGGAUCCCAGAUUUGAGAGAAUACAUUGUAUGCAUAAAGGAACAUAUGCGGAUGACUGUCUUGUUAACAGAGUUACACAGCAUAAAUGUUACAUUGUUGCGACCAACGAUAAGGACCUGAAAAGAAGAAUUCGGAAAAUUCCUGGGGUUCCGAUAAUGUACGUUUCUCAACAUCGUUACACAAUAGAAAGGAUGCCUGAUGCGUAUGGAGCUCCUAAGACGUAGACAAUAGAUAAUUAUAAUAAUUUGUUUAAAAUGUUGCUGUCAUUCGUGUUUUGUAAUAAAACAUUACUGCCACUGAAA